UACUGUGAGCUGGGAGACGAAAUGGAACGGGGGAACUUGCAAUCUGUUUUUUUGGGUGUUUUCCAACGCAAGCUCCUGCGUUUUCUUAUACGGCUUUUUUUACAGAUCAAGAUUGAGGCGCUCCAUUUCUUUCCAGCCUGCUUGGUUUGUGGAGCUCUAUCUUGAUCUUCUUUUUCGGUCCUCUCCGUUCACCAACAGUUAUUUUGGUUGAGGCCUUCACUGCCUACCAAGAUUACCAUGUUCUUUUGUCUCUAAUUGCACAGAUCUAAUUUCAUACUGUGAGUGCGAGGUUGGGAGAAGAAAAGUAAAGAGGCGAACUUGCCAUAUUUUUUUGGAAGGCUUGCUUGCCAUCUCUUUAUUACGUACAAUUUCCUUCUUUCGGCUGUACUCUUGAUCUCCAUUUCCCGUUUUGGCGGUAAUUAUUUGGUUGAGAUCUGCACUGCCUUUUGAGAUUGUCAUGUUCGUUCGUUUCUAAAGUGCCACAACUCUAGGAUCCCUGGAGAGAGGAAGUGCAAGAGCUAUGGGCAACUCCUGUGUUACCGGCGCCAGCAGCAGCUCAAACCACGGGCAGAGUCUGAAAUCCAAGGAGGCAAGACUUAUUGACAACUCAUGUGUUACUGGUUCAAGCCAGUCAAACCAGGCGCGUUGCCAGGAGUCCAACGGGUCAGAGAUUACCUUCAAAUGGAGGAUCGAUGGUUUCUCAUCGCUUCUUGAUAAGGGUAAAUCAUGGACGAACUCCAGUGUGUUUGAGAUCAGGGGUCAUAACUGGCACCUGAUGCUGAACCCAAGGGACAGAAAGAGUGGCGACGAAAAUGAAUAUGUAUCUCUUAUGCUUGUGCUGUUUCAAGUAUCUGAGAGAUCCCAUACAGUCGUGGAGGCAACUUUCAAGUUCUUGAUAUAUGACCAGUCACAUGGAAAGCACCACGAACAGCAUCAAGUGAGCCACAAUUUUCAGGCUACAAGCAGAAUCUCUGGGAGCCCAUGCAUGAUCCCCCUCACGAAGCUUAAGGAGCAAUCCUCUGGAUUCCUUGUCAAAGACAGCUGUGUUUUCGGUAUCCAGUUCAUUAAAGUUGUCGCUGUUAAAGGUAACGAUGUGUCAGAGACACUGUUUGUUCAGAAGAUUAGCAACAUCUGCAGUGACCCGCAAAUCUACACCUGGAACAUUGAUGAUUUCUUUGUGUUGAAGAACCCGAGCACCUCCCCAGAGUUUGAGCUCUGUGGACACAAAUGGUCCAUCACUCUAUCCAUCUGGUUCCGAUAAGAAUGGGAACUACCUCUCCCUGUACCUGAGCACCAAGGUGCCGGAUACAUUCCAUAAGGACUCGGCGAUCCUGGCAGACGUUAGCAUAAGCAUCAAAGACCAGGAAACUGGCAAGCACAUGAAAUUAUCAGGUUUGCCCUUUAGCAGAAAUUUCACGCAAUAGACCAGAUUUGAGAUACUAAAACAAGUUUUUAUCAUCAUAUUUCCUGA